GAUUGCUCAGCCACCUGACCAUGGGGUCGCUAUAGGUUUGCCAAGUUAGCGUCCUUCUUGGGUGGGAAUUCUUGAGCAAUCAAGGACAAAGCAAGCUUUCUAGAACCAGACCGGCCGGAGUGAUCGAUUAGGUUACAUAAUGUCUGUGUUGCUAAUGAUGUCAGGUUCCUUCUGUAAGAGCAUAGCCAGCUUUUAAUUGUGUUGCUAAUGAUGUGUGGUUUUUUUUUAGGAAUAUUGUUUGCUUUCGUACCCUGUUGAGUGUGUAAUUGUGCUUUUGGGCAAGUGAGCUAGGACGAAGGCAAACAUGAUUAGCUCAGUUCUGGGACUUUGUUAGGUCUCACAGCUCACUUGCAAGUGUCCGUCAUCAGGAAGGCUUUACGGCGUUUCCAAGUAUCGUAGUGCCAACCAAGGAAGCUUGUCUUAGGUGUGAGAUGGGCAAGGGAUGGCAAAUUGAGGAUUACUUUAAGCCUAAAUUUUAGGAUCUUUUGCUGGGGUGAAAGUGAAACGUGGCAAUGACUCACUGGCACCUCAAUAUUUAACACUUCUUCCCCACCCCCACUGGUCCCCCAAACUUUCUUUGGCGCAUCAAAGUGCUCCGAGUCCGACCAACCGGCAGACACCCGUGAGGAUUUGCCCCAAAGAGAUGAUGGAUCAUGCGCGGUACAUCAACCUCAAAUCACAGGAUGCGCAGGCGACGGAAAAGUCUUCGUUCCCACUGGACGCAGUCGGCACACCCAAUAAAGAAUUGUCACAUGCAGAAAAAGUGACAUGUCAACCAAUGACCACGUGGAGCCACGUGAUCGUACGUCAAAACUACCAAGGGCUUCUUUUUUUUUUUCCAGACGUUCCCAUUGGUUCACAUGCAUGAUUCCAGCCCUGGUCCUGCUCUCCCCCGGAUUCUCACCAAGCGGCAGGGUAAGGGAGGUCACGGAUGAGCGCGUUGGAUCCCAGGCUCCACGGGGACGAGGACGGGGACGACGGAACCAGUCUCACCUUCAAAAACCAUCUCCAAAGUCCAAUCGAAGUCUCCUCCUUUGUCGGUUUCUGGUUGAGAGGAUCGACAAGAGGAUCAGGGCUGCUCUCCCUCUCCAAAUUAAGCUCUCUCUUUCCCUCCGUUGAUCCGUCUAUAUCUCACCCUUUUAGCCCUCUUCUUGUUCUCCUUUCUUGGAAGUAUUCCGCGUUUCUGAUUUUUUGGAUCAGUAAUCCGCGUUUUGUGAUGUAUUGAUGGUUAUCUCUGUGAGGCGGAGGGAAAGAAGAGGAGGAGGAGGCGAUGGGCUCGUGCUUGUCGUGUGCGACCAAGGUCAGCGGCGCCAACAGCAGCAACGCGUCUGCCGGCGGGCAGCAGGGCCCGCCGGCGGCGCAGAACCGACCGGGUAAGCAGCAGGACGCAGCAGGGAAGGUGCCAUACGGGAAAAGGACGGACUUUGGCUACGACAAGGAUUUCGAGAGCCGGUACGCGAUCGGGAAGUUUCUGGGGCACGGCCAGUUUGGGUACACCUUCAUCGCCACCGAUAAAGCCAGUGGGGAGAGGUUGGCCGUCAAGAGGAUCGACAAGAGCAAGAUGGUUCGUCCUGUUGCUGUUGAGGAUGUCCAGCGUGAAGUGAAGAUACUCAAAGCUCUUAAAGGACAUGAGAAUGUUGUCCACUUCCAUAAUGCAUUUGAAGAUGAUUCUUAUGUUUAUAUAGUUAUGGAAUUAUGUGAGGGUGGUGAAUUGCUGGAUCGAAUAUUGGCCAAAAAGGAUAGCCGUUACACUGAGAAAGAUGCUGCAAUAGUAGUGCGGCAGAUGCUUAAAGUUGCAGCUGAGUGCCAUUUGCAUGGUUUGGUACAUCGAGACAUGAAGCCUGAGAACUUCCUUUUCAAAUCGACAAAAGAGGACUCACCCCUGAAAGCAACAGAUUUUGGCCUUUCAGAUUUUAUCAAACCAGGGAAGAGAUUCCAUGACAUUGUUGGCAGCGCCUACUAUGUGGCUCCAGAAGUACUGAAACGGAGGUCUGGUCCUGAAUCAGAUGUUUGGAGCAUAGGCGUCAUAACCUACAUUUUGCUUUGUGGAAGGCGUCCCUUCUGGGAUAAAACUGAGGAUGGAAUACUCAAGGAGGUGCUAAAGAACAAGCCUGAUUUUCGUCGGAAGCCUUGGCCAAGCAUAAGCAACAGUGCCAAGGAUUUUGUAAAGAAGUUAUUAGUUAAGGAUCCUAGUGCAAGAUUGACUGCUGCGCAGGCUUUGUCGCAUCCAUGGGUGAGAGAAGGGGGGGAUGCAUCAGAAAUCCCGUUAGAUAUAUCUGUGCUUAAUAACAUGCGCCAGUUCGUGAAGUACAGCCGUUUUAAGCAGUUUGCACUAAGGGCAUUGGCAAGUGCACUAAAUGAGGACGAGCUGGCGGCACUUCAUGACCAGUUUGAUGCAAUUGAUGUGGAUAAAAAUGGUGCAAUCAGUCUUGAAGAAAUGAGACAUGCUCUUGAAAAAGAUCGUCCUUGGAGAUUGAAGGGACCUCAUGUUCUAGAAAUUCUUCAGGCGAUAGACAGCAACACAGAUGGACUCGUAGAUUUCUCUGAAUUUGUUGCAGCAACCAUGCAUGUGCAUCAGUUAGUGGAACAUGACACAGAAAAGUGGCAAACAGUUUCGCAAUCUGCUUUUGAUAAGUUUGAUGUGGAUGGAGAUGGAUAUAUCACACCUGAGGAACUUCAAAUGCGCACAGGUUUGAGGGGCUCCAUGGACCCUUUACUAGAGGAGGCUGACAUUGACAAGGAUGGCAAGAUAAGCUUGGAUGAAUUCCGCCGACUCCUAAAAACUGCAAGCAUGAGUUCACGCAAUGUGCCCGGUCCAACCGGUGUUAGCAAUCCUCAAAAGUUGUAACUCGAACGGAGACUGUCAGUGAUGGAUGAGGAAGUGAAUUGAUGCUGUCUCCUAAAUUUAAGGAUUCAUCUUAUGGGUCUAGUUUGCACAUGUUUGCUCAUGUUGACGAUUGCAAUGAACCACCAGAAGAUCAGAAAAUUUUUCAUUCUCAGGAUCGUGCGGAGAGACCAUCUAACUCGUGAAGAGCGCUGUGACAAGCAACUAGGUAAAUGCUUUUAUCAUGUGGAGCUUUAUCUCCACACAGUUGUACAUUAUGUAUGGUAACGGGGGAUUCUUUCAGGUUUCACCAAAAAUGCAAUGUGUGAUCGUGCAGAUACGCUGCAAAUCUGUGUUUAGAGUGGUUACACAGUUGAAUGCAAAUUUUUAGAAAAAGUUAAUGUAUCCUUCCAGUGAA